AUGUUGCGAGCUAACGUGUUGUGGUUGACUGAAGCAUGUCGACAUUACUGCCAGAAGACACCCAGAAAGCUCCGAGUAUGCGAAGCAAUCUCAAGUUUAGAAGUGGGAACAAAAAUCAAAGUGCAGGUAUUGUAAUUGUGUCUACGGUCAAAUAAAUGAAUGAAUGAGUAGUAAGUGAAUGAACGAAUGUCCUCGGAGGUCUGCUACUCAGUGGUCAUCACUGCUACCGUGUAGCAUUCAUUUCCAAAUAUAAUAAUAAUAAUAAUAUGCCAUUUAGCAAACGCUUUUAUCCAAAGCGACUUACAGUCAUGUGCGCAUAAAUUUUUACGUAUGGGUGGGCCCGGGGAUCGAACCCACUACCCUGGCGUUACAAGCGCCAUGCUCUACCAAUUGAGCUACAGAGGACCAAUAUUACAUUUGUAAUUACUCAAUGAUUGAAUAUAGGCUGCUGUAUUUAGCUAUUCAACUCAGGGCUGGUCAAAGUCUAUAAUGUAAUGUACUGCCCCCUCCAGUGAUGUAAAAAUGUACUUUAUACGCUUGUGAUAUGUGGUUGUCUCACCUAACUAUCUUAAGAUGAAUGCACUAACUGUAAGUCGCUCUGGAUAAGAGAUCUGAUAAAUGACUAAAAUGUAAAUGUAAAAACGACCCAAUUGUCAUACUUGAAUAAAAGUAAAGAUACCUUCAUAGAAAAUGACUCAAGUAAAAGUUAGUCACCAAGCAAAAAACUACAAGUAUUUGGUUUUAAAUAUACUUAAGUAUCAAAAGUAAAUGUAAUUGCUAAAAUAUACUUAAGUAUCAAAAGUAAAAGUAUACAUAAUUUCCUUUAUAAUAAGCAAACCAGACGGCACCAUUGUAUUUUUUAUUUACGUGUAGCCAGGGGCACACUCCAACACUCAGACAUCAUUUACAGUGUGUGAAUUGGACCAUUUUACUGUCCUGCUAAGCAUUCGAAAUGUAAUGAGUACUUUUGGAUGUCAGGGAAAAUGUAUGGAGUAAAAAGUACAUUAUUUUCUUUAGGAAUGUAGUCGAGUAAAAGUUGUCAAAAUAUCAAUAGUAAAGUACAGAUACCCCCAAAAAACGACUUAAGUAGUAUUUAAAAGUAUUUUUACUUAAGUACUUUACACCACUGUGACCCUCUGAUAUCCUAGGGCUGGGCUGGUCAAAGUCUGUAAUGUAAUAUACUGUCCCUCUGAUAUCCUAGGGCUGGGUUCGCUCUGUGAGACCCCAGAAGGAGAAUCUGUUCCUCCAUGUGAAUGAUGGGAGCUCCCUUCAGUCUCUACAAGUAGUGGCCAGCUCAGAGCUCAACCACAGGUAAGGACGUACCUGUAGGCUAUGUUGCACAGGUAAGGACGUACCUGUAGGCUAUGUUGCACAGGUAAGGACGUACCUGUAGGCUAUGUUGCACAGGUAAGGACGUACCUGUAGGCUAUGUUGCACAGGUAAGGACGUACCUGUAGGCUAUGUUGCACAGGUAAGGACGUACCUGUAGGCUAUGUUGCAUGAUCCUCCUGAAAGUCAGCUCGCGUCCCAAAUGGUACCCUGUGCCCUUUAUAGUGCACUACUUUUGACCAGGGUUCGUAGGGCGCUGGUCAAAAGUAAUGCGCUAUGUGGGAUACAGUGGGGGAAAAAAGUAUUUAGUCAGCCACCAAUUGUGCAAGUUCUCCCACUUAAAAAGAUGAGAGAGGCCUGUAAUUUUCAUCAUAGGUACAUGUCAACUAUGACAGACAAAAUGAGAUUUUUUUUUCCAGAAAAUCACAUUGUAGGAUUUUUAAUGAAUUUAUUUGCAAAUUAUGGUGGAAAAUAAGUAUUUGGUCAAUAACAAAAGUUUCUCAAUACUUUGUUAUAUACCCUUUGUUGGCAAUGACACAGGUCAAACGUUUUCUGUAAGUCUUCACAAGGUUUUCACACACUGUUGCUGGUAUUUUGGCCCAUUCCUCCAUGCAGAUCUCCUCUAGAGCAGUGAUGUUUUGGGGCUGUCGCUGGGCAACACGGACUUUCAACUCCCUCCAAAGAUUUUCUAUGGGGUUGAGAUCUGGAGACUGGCUAGGCCACUCCAGGACCUUGAAAUGCUUCUUACGAAGCCACUCCUUCGUUGCCCGGGCGGUGUGUUUGGGAUCAUUGUCAUGCUGAAAGACCCAGCCACGUUUCAUCUUCAAUGCCCUUGCUGAUGGAAGGAGGUUUUCACUCAAAAUCUCACGAUACAUGGCCCCAUUCAUUCUUUCCUUUACACGGAUCAGUCGUCCUGGUCCCUUUGCAGAAAAACAGCCCCAAAGCAUGAUGUUUCCACCCCCAUGCUUCACAGUAGGUAUGGUGUUCUUUGGAUGCAACUCUGCAUUCUUUGUCCUCCAAACACGACAAGUUGAGUUUUUACCCAAAAGUUAUAUUUUGGUUUCAUCUGACCAUAUGACAUUCUCCCAAUCCUCUUUUGGAUCAUCCAAAUGCACUCUAGCAAACUUCAGACGGGCCUGGACAUGUACUGGCUUAAGCAGGGGGACACGUCUGGCACUGCAGGAUUUGAGUCCCUGGCGGCAUAGUGUGUUACUGAUGGUAGGCUUUGUUACUUUGGUCCCAGCUCUCUGCAGGUCAUUCACUAGGUCCCCCCGUGUGGUUCUGGGAUUUUUGCUCACCGUUCUUGUGAUCAUUUUGACCCCACGGGGUGAGAUCUUGCGUGGAGCCCCAGAUCGAGGGAGAUUAUCAGUGGUCUUGUAUGUCUUCCAUUUCCUAAUAAUUGCUCCCACAGUUGAUUUCUUCAAACCAAGCUGCUUACCUAUUGCAGAUUCAGUCUUCCCAGCCUGGUGCAGGUCUACAAUUUUGUUUCUGGUGUCCUUUGACAGCUCUUUGGUCUUGGCCAUAGUGGAGUUUGGAGUGUGACUGUUUGAGGUUGUGGACAGGUGUCUUUUAUACUGAUAACAAGUUCAAACAGGUGCCAUUAAUACAGGUAACGAGUGGAGGACAGAGGAGCCUCUUAAAGAAGAAGUUACAGGUCUGUGAGAGCCAGAAAUCUUGCUUGUUUGUAGGUGACCAAAUACUUAUUUUCCACCAUAAUUUGCAAAUAAAUUCAUUAAAAAUCCUACAAUGUGAUUUUCUAAGAUUUUUCUUUCUCAUUUUGUCUGUCAUAGUUGACGUGUACCUAUGAUGAAAAUUACAGGCCUCUCUCAUCUUUUUAAGUGGGAGAACUUGCACAAUUGGUGGCUGACUAAAUACUUUUUUCCCCCCACUGUAUAGGGUGCUGUUUGGGACGCAUCCAAAGACUGAUGUAAGUUGGGGUUGGAUUGACUUGUGUAGCUAUACGAUGUAUCAAAUGAUAUUCUAUGUUACUGUACCUAUCAUGAGUCUUUUUUUUCAAUUGGCUUAAUUAUUACGCCGCUGUUCUUUCCUGGUUGUUUCUUCUUGUCCAGACUGCUGACGUUCGGGAGUGCCGUGGAGAUCUCGGGAAGCCUGCUCAAGAGUCCCAGCCGUAAGCAGGAGGUGGAACUACAUGCUGAUCAGAUCGAUGUGGUUGGAGAAUGUAACCCUGUGGUAAAUAUAUAACCUGAUCGAUGUGGUUGGAGAAUGUAACCCUGUGGUAAAUAUAUAACCAGAUAGAUGUGGUUGGAGAAUGUAACCCUGUGGGAAAUAUAUAACCAGAUAGAUGUGGUUGGAGAAUGUAACCCUGUGGUAAAUAUAUAACCAGAUAGAUGUGGUUGGAGAAUUUAACCCUGUGGGAAAUAUAUAACCAGAUCGAUGUGGUUAGAGAAUGUAAUCCUGUGGUAAAUAUAUAACCAGAUCGAUGUGGUUGGAGAAUGUAACCCUGUGGUAAAUAUAUAACCAGAACGAUGUGGUUGGAGAAUGGAAUCCUGUGGUAAAUAUAUAACCAGAUUGAUGUGGUUGGAGAAUGUAAUCUGUGGUAAAUAUAUAACCAGAUAGAUGUGGUUGGAGAAUGUAAUCCUGUGGUAAAUAUAUAACCAGAUAGAUGUGGUUGGAGAAUGUAAUCCUGUGGUAAAUACACUGCUCAAAAAAAUAAAGGGAACACUUAAACAACACAAUGUAACUCCAAGUCAAUCACACUUCUGUGAAAUCAAACUGUCCACUUAGGAAACAACACUAAUUGACAAUAAAUGUCACAUGCUGUUGUGCAAAUGGAAUAGACAACAGGUGGAAAUUAUAGGCAAUUAGCAAGACACCCCCAAUAAAUAACUGGUUUUGCAGGUGGUGACCACAGACCACUUCUCAGUUCCUAUGCUUCCUGGCUGAUGUUUUGGUCACUUUUGAAUGCUGGCGGUGCUUUCACUCUAGUGGUAGCAUGAGACGGAGUCUACAACCCACACAAGUGGCUCAGGUAGUGCAUUCCUGGAUCCUGGACUUGCCAAGAAGGUCGCCCGUUGUCAGGUAGUAACAACACAUCUGCCACACUGAAUCCUCAACACGGGAGCCCUCGGGGUGCUGCUGAGUCCCCUCCUGUACUCUCCUGUUCACCCUGACUGCAUGGCCAGGCACGACUCCAGCCCAUCAGUAGCUUUGCCAGACCACCACAUGAGCCUGAUCAACCGCAACGAUGAUGCACCUAAGGAGGAGUCAAGAUCUGGCCGUGGUGGGCCAGGCACAGCCUCUCCCUCAACGUGACCAAGACAAAGGAGAUGAUUGUGGACUACAGGAAAAAAAAGAGGACUGAGCACGCCCCCAUUCUCAUCGACGGGGCUGUAGUGGAACAGGUUGAGAGCUUCAAGUUCCUUGGUGUCCACAUCACCAACGAACUAUCAUGGUCCAAACACACCAAGACAGUCGUGAAGAGGGCACGACAAAGCCUAUUCCCCCUCAGGAGACUAAAAAGAUUUGGCAUGGGUCCUCAGAUCCUCAAAAAAUUCUACAGCUGCACCAUCGAGAGCAUCCUGACUGGUUGCAUCACCGCCUGGUAUGGCAACUGCUUGGCCUCUGACCGCAAGGCACUACAGAGGGUAGUGCGUACGGCCCAGUACAUCACUGGGGCAAAGCUCCCUGCCAUCCAGGACCUCUAUACCAGGCGGUGUCAGAGGAAGGCCCUCAAAAUUGUCAAAGACUCCAGUCACCCUAGUCAUAGACUGUUCUCUCUGCUACCGCACGGCAAGCGGUACCGGAGUGCCAAGUCUAGGUCCAAAAGACUUCUCAACAGCUUCUACCCCCAAGCCAUAAGACUCCUGAACAGCUAAUCAUGGCUACCCGGACUAUUUGCACUGCCCCCCCCACCCCAUCCUUUUUACGCUGCUGCUACUCUGUUAAGUAUUUAUGCAUAGUCACUUUAACUCUACCCACAUGUACAUAUUACCUCAACUAGCCGGUGCCCCCGCACAUUGACUAUGCAACGGUACCCCCCUGUAUAUAUAGCCUCCCUACUGUCACUUUAUUCUAUUGUAUAUAUAGCCUCCCUACUGUCACUUUAUUUUUUACUUCUGCUCUUUUUUUUCUCAACACUUUUUUGUUGUUGUUUUAUUCUUACUUUUUUGUUUAAAAUAAAUGCACUGUUGGUUAAGGGCUGUAAGUAAGCAUUUCACUGUAAUGUCUGCACCUGUUGUAUUCGGCGCAUGUGACCAAUAAAAUUUGAUUUGAUUUGAUUUGAUUUGAUUUGCAGCUCAUCCAGGAUGGCACAUCAAUGCGAGCUGUGGCAAGAAGGUUUGCUGUGUCUGUCAGCGUAGUGUCCAGAGCAUGGAGGCGCUACCAGGAGACAGGCCAAUACAUCAGGAGACGUGGAGGAGGCCGUAGGAGGGCAACAACCCAGCAGCAAGACUGCUACCUCCGCCUUUGUGCAAGGAGGAGCAGGAGGAGCACUGCCAGAGCCCUGCAAAAUGACCUCCAGCAAGCCACAAAUGUGCAUGUGUCUGCUCAAACGGUCAGAAACAGACUCCAUGAGGGUGUUAUGAGGGCCCGACGUCCACAGGUGGGGGUUGUGCUUACAGCCCAACACCGUGCAGGACGUUUGGCAUUUGCCAGAGAACACCAAGAUUGGCAAAUUCGCCACUGGCGCCCUGUGCUCUUUACAGAUGAAUGCAGGUUCACACUGAGCACAUGUGACAGACGUGACAGAGUCUGGAGACGCCGUGGAGAACAUUCUGCUGCCUGCAACAUCCUCCAGCAUGACCGGUUUGGCGGUGGGUCAGUCAUGGUGUGGGGUGGCAUUUCUUUGGGGGGCCGCACAGCCCUCCAUGUGCUCGCCAGAGGUAGCCUGACUGCCAUUAGGUACCGAGAUGAGAUCCUCAGACCCCUUGUGAGACCAUAUGCUGGUGCGGUUGGCCCUGGGUUCCUCCUAAUGCAAGACAAUGCUAGACCUCAUGUGGCUGGAGUGUGUCAGCAGUUCCUGCAAGAGGAAGGCAUCGAUGCUAUGGACUGGCCCGCCCGUUCCCCAGACCUGAAUCCAAUUGAGCACAUCUGGGACAUCAUGUCUCGCUCCAUCCACCAACGCCACGUUGCACCACAGACUGUCCAGGAGUUGGCGGAUGCUUUAGUCCAGGUCUGGGAGGAGAUCCCUCAGUAGACCAUCCGCCACCUCAUCAGGAGCAUGCCCAGGCGUUGUAGGGAGGUCAUACAGGCACGUGGAGGCCACACACACUACUGAGCCUCAUUUUGACUUGUUUUAAGGACAUUACAUCAAAGUUGGAUCAGCCUGUAGUGUGGUUUUCCACUUUAAUUUUGAGGGUGACUCCAAAUCCAGACCUCCAUGGGUUGAUACAUUUGAUUUCCAUUAAUAAUUUUUGUGUGAUUUUGUUGUCAGCACAUUCAACUAUGUAAAGAACAAAUGAUUUAAUACGAUUAUUUCAUUCAUUCAGAUCUGUGGUCCUCUGUAGCUCAGCUGGUAGAGCACGGCGCUUGUAACGCCAGGUAGCUUAGUGGUUAAGAGCGUUGUGCCAGUAACCGAAAGGUCGCUGGUUCUAAUCCCCGAGCCGACUAGGUGAAAAAUCUGUCGAUGUGCCCUUGAGCAAGGCACUUAACCCUAAUUGCUCAUGUAAGUCGCUCUGGAUAAGAGCGUCGCUAAAUGACAAUAAAAAAAAAAAAAAAAAAAAAAAACGCCAAGGUAGUGGGUUCGAUCCCCGGGACCACCCAUACACAAAAAAAAAAAUGUAUGCACGCAUGACUGUAAGUCGCUUUGGAUAAAAGCGUCUGCUAAAUGGCAUAUUAUUAUUAUUAUUAUUAUCUAGGAUGUGUUAUUUUAGUGUUCCCUUUAUUUUUUUGAGCAGUGUAUAUAACCAGAUAGAUGUGGUUGGAGAAUGUAACCCUGUGGUAAAUAUAUAACCAGAUAGAUGUGGUUGGAGAAUGUAACCCUGUGGUAAAUAUAUAACCAGAUAGAUGUGGUUGGAGAAUGUAACCCUGUGGUAAAUAUAUAACCAGAUAGAUGUGGUUGGAGAAUGUAACCCUGUGGAUAUAUAACCAGAUAGAUGGGUAAAACCCUGUGGUAAAUAUAUAACCAGAUAGAUGUGGUUGGAGAAUGUAACCCUGUGGUAAAUAUAUAACCAGAUAGAUGUGGUUGGAGAAUGUAACCCUGUGGUAAAUAUAUAACCAGAUAGAUGUGGUUGGAGAAUGUACCCUGUGGUAAAUAUAUAACCAGAUCGAUGUGGUUGGAGAAUGUAACCCUGUGGUAAAUAUAUAACCAGAUCGAUGUGGUUGGAGAAUGUAACCCUGUGGUAAAUAUAUAACCAGAUAGAUGUGGUUGGAGAAUGUAACCCUGUGGUAAAUAUAUAACCAGAUAGAUGUGGUUGGAGAAUGUAACCCUGUGGUAAAUAUAUAACCAGAUAGAUGUGGUUGGAGAAUGUAACCCUGUGGUAAAUAUAUAACCAGAUCGAUGUGGUUGGAGAAUGUAAUCCCUGUGGUAAAUAUAUAACCAGAUAGAUGUGGUUGGAGAAUGUAACCCUGUGGUAAAUAUAUAACCAGAUCGAUGUGGUUGGAGAAUGUAACCCUGUGGUAAAUAUAUAACCAGAUAGAUGUGGUUGGAGAAUGUAACCCUGUGGUAAAUAUAUAACCAGAUAGAUGUGGUUGGAGAAUGUAACCCUGUGGUAAAUAUAUAACCAGAUAGAUGUGGUUGGAGAAUGUAACCCUGUGGUAAAUAUAUAACCAGAUAGAUGUGGUUGGAGAAUGUAACCCUGUGGUAAAUAUAUAACCAGAUAGAUGUGGUUGGAGAAUGUAACCCUGUGGUAAAUAUAUAACCAGAUAGAUGUGGUUGGAGAAUGUAACCCUGUGGUAAAUAUAUAACCAGAUAGAUGUGGUUGGAGAAUGUAACCCUGUGGUAAAUAUAUAACCAGAUAGAUGUGGUUGGAGAAUGUAACCCUGUGGUAAAUAUAUAACCAGAUAGAUGUGGUUGGAGAAUGUAACCCUGUGGUAAAUAUAUAACCAGAUAGAUGUGGUUGGAGAAUGUAACCCUGUGGUAAAUAUAUAACCAGAUAGAUGUGGUGGAGAAUGUAACCCUGUGGUAAAUAUAUAACCAGAUAGAUGUGGUUGGAGAAUGUAACCCUGUGGUAAAUAUAUAACCAGAUAGAUGUGGUUGGAGAAUGUAACCCUGUGGUAAAUAUAUAACCAGAUGAUGUGGUUGGAGAAUGUAACCCUGUGGUAAAUAUAUAACCAGACAGAUGUGGUUGGAGAAUGUAACCCUGUGGUAAAUAUAUAACCAGAUCGAUGUGGUUGGAGAAUGUAACCCUGUGGUAAAUAUAUAACCAGAUAGAUGUGGUUGGAGAAUGUAACCCUGUGGUAAAUAUAUAACCAGAUAGAUGUUUGGGUUUGGGGAAUGUAACCCUGUGGUAAAUAUAUAACCAGAUAGAUGUGGUUGGAGAAUGUAACCCUGUGGUAAAUAUAUAACCAGAUAGAUGUGUGUUGGAGAAUGUAACCCUGUGGUAAAUAUAUAACCAGAUCGAUGUGGUUGGAGAAUGUAACCCUGUGGUAAAUAUAUAACCAGAUAGAUGUGGUUGGAGAAUGUAACCCUUUGGGAAAUAUACACUGUGUGCACAAUUAUUAGGCAAGUCAGUAUUUUGACCAUAUCAUCAUUAUUAUGCAUAUUUCCCAACCCCAAGCUGUAUAAACUGGAAUGCUUAUUGGAUUUAAGCAUAUCAGGUGAUGUGUAUUUGUGUAAUGAGGGAGGGUGUGGCCUAAGGAGAUCAACACCCUAUAUCAAGGUGUGUAUAAUUAUUAGGCAGCUUCUUUUCCUCAGGCAAAAUGGGCCAAAAAAUAGAUUUAACUGACUCUGAAAAGUAAAAAAUUGUAAAAAGUAUUUCAGAGGGAUGCAGCACUCUUGAAAUUGCUAAGAUAUUGGGGUGUGAUCACAGAACCAUCAAACGUUUUGUAGCAAAUAGUCAACAGGGUCGCAAGAACCGUGUUGAGAAAAAAAUAGGCAAAUUAACUGCCAAAGAUUUGAGAAGAAUCAAACGUGAAGCUACCAGGAACCCAUUAUCCUCCAGUGCUGUCAUAUUCCAGAACUGCAACCUACCUGGAGAAGAAGUACAAGGUGUUCAGUGCUCAGAGACAUGGCCAAGGUAAGGAAGGAUGAAACACGACCACCACUGAACAAGACGCAUAAGUUGAAAUGUCAAGACUGGGCCAAGAAAUAUCUGAAGACAGAUUUUUCAAAGGUUUUAUGGACUGAUGAGAUGAGAGUGACUCUUGACGGACCAGAUGGAUGGGCCCGUGGCUGGAUCAGUAACGGGCACGGAGCUCCACUUCGACUCAGACGCCAGCAAGGUGGAGGUGGGGUACUGGUAUGGGCUGGUAUUAUUAAAGAUGAGCUAGUUGGAUCUUUUCGGGUUGAAGAUGGACUCAAACUCAACUCCCAAACCUACUGCCAGUUUUUAGAAGACACUUUCUUCAAGCAGUGGUACAGGAAAAAGUCUGCAUCUUUCAAGAAGACCAUGAUUUUUAUGCAGGACAAUGCUCCAUCGCGUGCAUCGAAGUACUCCACUGCGUGGCUAGCCAGUAAAGGCCUUAAAGAUGAAAGAAUAAUGACAAGGCCCCCCCUUCCUCACCUGACCUAAACCCUAUUGAGAACUUGUGGUCCCUUCUUAAACGGUGGAUUUUACGGUGAAGGAAAACAGUACCCCUCUCUGACCAGUGUCCGGGAGGCUGUGGUUGCUGCUGCACAAAAAGUUAAUCGUCAACAGAUCCAGAAACUGACAGACUCCAUGGAUGGAAGGCUUAUGACUUAUUGAAAAGAAGGGUGGCUAUAUUGGUCACAGAUUUUUAUUUUAUUACGUCAGAAAUGUUUAUUUGUAAAUUUUGAGUUUGUUUGUUUAUUAUUCUCACUUUAACAGAUAAAUAAACAAGUGAGACGGGGAACGUUUCGUUUUUCAUUUAGCUGCAUAAUAAUUCUGCACACUAAUAGUUGCCCAAUAAUUGUGCACACAUAGAUAUGCUCCAAAGAAAGCCAAAACCUCACUUUUACUUUCUUUGGAGCACUUUUACCAGUUACCGCGCUCUCUGGUUUCAGACCCAGUUACCGCGCUCUCUGGUUUCAGACCCAGUUACCGCGCUCUCUGGUUUCAGACCCAGUUACCGCGCUCUCUGGUUUCAGACCCAGUUACCGCGCUCUCUGGUUUCAGACCCAGUUACCGCGCUCUCUGGUUUCAGACCCAGUUACCGCGCUCUCUGGUUUCAGACCCAGUUACCGCGCUCUCUGGUUUCAGACCCAGUUACCGCGCUCUCUGGUUUCAGACCCAGUUACCGCGCUCUCUGGUUUCAGACCCAGUUACCGCGCUCUCUGGUUUCAGACCCAGUUACCGCGCUCUCUGGUUUCACACCCAGUUACCGCGCUCUCUGGUUUCAGACCCAGUUACCGCGCUCUCUGGUUUCAGACCCAGUUACCGCGCUCUCUGGUUUCAGACCCAGUUACCGCGCUCUCUUGUUUCAGGCCUCCGUUACCACGCUCUCUGGUUUCAGACCCAUUUACCACGCUCUCUGGUUUCAGGACUUUCCCUUUAAGAUCAAGGAGAAGCAUGGCCUGGAAUACAUCCGUCAGUUUCCUCACCUGAGGUGUCGAACCAACGCCUUCAGUUCCCUGCUGAGAAUACGAAGCGAAGCCACCACAGCUAUACAUGAAUAUUUCAAGGUGAGAUGAGACCAAUGUUAGUCCAGUAGACUAGAAUAUCAUUGUUAGACCAACUGUAGCUCUGCCUACUGUGCCACGCCAAGCUCUGCCUACUGUGCCAACGUGAAAAUCAAAUAUCCAAGCUGACCAAUAGUGUGAAGAGUGUGGUGGUGAUAAUGGUAGUGCUGUUGUUGUUGUUGCAGGAGAAGGGCUUUAUUCAGAUCCACACCCCAGUCCUCACCUCUAAUGACUGUGAAGGGGCAGGGGAGCUCUUCCAGGUGGAGGUGAGAUCUAUCUGUCUGUCUGUCUGUCUGUCUGUCUGUCAGAGAAUCACAAUUCUAGUCUGGCGAUCAACAACGUGAUGAAGUUAGAAUAAUACGACUUGGUAUGUCAGCACAUGGAGAUCAGUUUAGUUUCUACAACACAUCCGGUUGUCAGGUUGUUCUUUUUUAAAGAGAAGGCUUAAUGUGUCUUCCAUGUUUCCCUCAGCCUGCAGGUCAGCAGAAGAACCGGGACGAGGAGGGGCACCAACACUUCUUCUCCGUCCCAGCGUACCUGACUGUCUCUGGGCAGCUGCACCUGGAGGUCAUGGCUGGGUGAGGACAUACUGGUGCUCAGUACCAUUCAUUCAUUCAGAAAGUCACUCACUCACUCACUCACUCACUCAUUCAGAAAGUCAGUCAGUCUUUUGGUCAGUCAGUAUUCCAUUCAUUCACUCAUUCACUCACUCACUCAUUCAUUCAGAAAGUCAGUCAUCCAUUCAUUCACUCCUUCACUCACUCACUCAUUCAUUCAUAAGAUCCAGAGAGUGUAUUGUACGAAUGCAGUGUUUCUACGUCUCUUCCAAGGGCGUUUCCUGGAGUGUACACUUUCGGACCAACGUUCCGAGCAGAGCACUCCCAGAGCAGACGUCACCUGGCUGAGUUCUACAUGGUGGAGGCAGAGGUCCCCUUCACACAGUCACUGGAGGAUCUUAUGAAGGUAUGUAAUAUAAGUCCCCUUUUAUAUAAAGAGUUUCUAACUAGUAAUAUUCUACAGUACACGGUGGAGGCAGAGAUCACCACAGUCACCGGAGCAGGGGUUAUCAAGCCUCUACUCGGGGAACCCCUCUGCUCUUCCAUGUAUUUGAACUAUUCCAGAACUGGCACACCUGAUUCAACUGGUCAAAAACCUUGACUACUUGGAUCAGGGGAGCUAGUUCAGGGCUUCAACAAAAUGGUGAAACGUCUGGCGGUCCCCGAGGAGAGCCCUGGGGGAUAUUAUGAGAGUGUACAAAACAUUAAGGACACCUGCUCUUUCCAUUACACCAGGUGAAUCCAGGUGAAAGCUAUGACCCCUUAUUGAUGUCACCUGUUAAAUCCACUUCAAUCAGUGUAGAUGAAGGGGAGGAGACUGAUUUAAAGAAGGAUUUCUAAGCCUGGAGACAAUUGAGACAUGGAUUGUGUAUGUGUGCCAUUCAGAGGGUGAAUGGGCAAGACAAAAUAUUUAAAGUGGAACUGACAGCGUUUUAACAACUUUGCAGAUAUGAAACAAACAGACAAUCAUAAUAUCAGUCAAAAAUAUCAAAUUCCUAUUUUAUGCUACAAAACCAACUUGUAGAGGACUCCCGUGGUGUUUUUACAUAUUUGCAGAAAUCCAUUCCGGUGUAUUUUGUGGCUUUUGGCGAAUGCUUUCUAAUGAUCUAAAGUCACGCUGUUGAAGAAGCUGCAACUCAAUAUUAGGAAGGUGUUCCUAAUGUUUUGUUCACUCAGUGUAAGUCCCUUAACACAGUAUGAAGACUGAAUAAAAUGUAUUUAACGAGUUCUAUUGUUGAGGCAGAGAUCUUUCCCACGGUCACCAGAGGACCUUAUGACCUUAUGUAUUUUAUUUUAUCCUGUAUAUUGAUGUAUCGAGGGAGACCUGUCUCAAGAACUCAAUGUGGAAUCAGUUAAUUUAUCCGUUUGAUCCAGUGUUGAUAUAUGGCCUCCUAGUCCUGAUUGACUAAAUGACUCUGCAUUAACUGGUCUCCUAGUCCUGAUUGACUAAAUGACUCUGCAUUAACUGGUCUCCUCCUAGUCCUGAUUGACUAAAUGACUCAGCAUUAACUGGUCUCCUUCUAGUCCUGAUUGACUAAAUGACUCAGCAUUAACUGGUCUCCUUCUAGUCCUGAUUGACUAAAUGACUCAGCAUUAACUGGUCUCCUUCUAGUCCUGAUUGACUAAAUGACUCAGCAUUAACUGGUCUCAUUCUAGUCCUGAUUGACUAAAUGACUCAGCAUUAACUGGUCUCGUUCUAGUCCUGAUUGACUAAAUGACUCUGCAUUAACUGGUCUCCUAGUCCUGAUUGACUAAAUGACUCUGCAUUAACUGGUCUCCUCCUAGUCCUGAUUGACUAAAUGACUCAGCAUUAACUGGUCUCCUUCUAGUCCUGAUUGACUAAAUGACUCAGCAUUAACUGGUCUCGUUCUAGUCCUGAUUGACUAAAUGACUCUGCAUUAACUGGUCUCCUAGUCCUGAUUGACUAAAUGACUCUGCAUUAACUGGUCUCCUCCUAGUCCUGAUUGACUAAAUGACUCAGCAUUAACUGGUCUCCUCCUAGUCCUGAUUGACUAAAUGACUCAGCAUUAACUGGUCUCCUUCUAGUCCUGAUUGACUAAAUGACUCUGCAUUAACUGGUCUCCUAGUCCUGAUUGACUAAAUGACUCAGCAUUAACUGGUCUCCUUCUAGUCCUGAUUGACUAAAUGACUCAGCAUUAACUGGUCUCCUUUCCUAGUCCUGAUUGACUAAAUGACUCAGCAUUAACUGGUCUCCUUCUAGUCCUGAUUGACUAAAUGACUCUGCAUUAACUGGUCUCCUCCUAGUCCUGAUUGACUAAAUGACUCAGCAUUAACUGGUCUCCUUCUAGUCCUGAUUGACUAAAUGACUCAGCUUUAACUGGUCUCCUUCUAGUCCUGAUUGACUAAAUGACUCAGCAUUAACUGGUCUCCUUCUAGUCCUGAUUGACUAAAUGACUCAGCGUUAACUGGUCUCCUUCUAGUCCUGAUUGACUAAAUGACUCAGCAUUAACUGGUCUCCUUCUAGUCCUGAUUGACUAAAUGACUCAGCUUUAACUGGUCUCCUUCUAGUCCUGAUUGACUAAAUUACUCAGCAUUAACUGGUCUCCUUCUAGUCCUGAUUGACUAAAUGACUCAGCUUUAACUGGUCUCCUUCUAGUCCUGAUUGACUAAAUGACUCAGCGUUAACUGGUCUCCUUCUAGUCCUGAUUGACUAAAUGACUCAGCUUUAACUGGUCUCCUUCUAGUCCUGAUUGACUAAAUGACUCAGCGUUAACUGGUCUCCUUGCCUCUUCAGGUGAUGGAAGACUUGUUCAGGUCUACAACAGAACAUCUCCUCGCUCAGUGUCCUGAAGAUGUGGCUUUAUGUCACAAACAGGUGUCACCUGGACACAGGGUGAGACCCCAGAAAAUAUCUAAACGCAAUACUGUGCAUAUUCUUUGAACAUAUUGAACGAACCUUGAACUCCCCUCACCCUAUUGACCUAAACUAGAGAUGAUUCUGUUUUCUCUGUUUCUCCCUAGGACAAUGUGGAUCUAAUGAUGAAGAAGAGUUUUAAUGUGUAAGUGUGUAUCAUGAUUAUGCAAGCUAUUCUGUGUCCCAAAUGGCACCCUAUUCCCAUAGGGCCCUGUUCAAAAGUAGUGCACUAUAUAGGAAAUAGGUUGCCAUUUGGGUCGCAUACCAUGUCUCACCUCUACCAAUCUAAAUCAAAUCCAAAUCAAAUUGUAUUUGUCACAUGCUUGGUAAACAACAGGUGUAGACUAAACAGAAAUGGGAACAUGUGGAAUAACAAUAACAUGGCUAUAUACAGGAAGUAGAAAAUAACAUGACUAUAUACAGGAAGUAGAAAAUAACAUGGCUAUAUACAGGAAGUAGAAAUAACGUGGCUAUAUACAGGAAGUAGAAAAUAACAUGGCUAUAUACAGGAAGUAGGAAAUAACAUGGCUAUAUACAGGAAGUAGAAAAUAACAUGGCUAUAUACAGGAAGUAGAAAAUAACAUGGCUAUAUACAGGAAGUAGAAAUAACGUGGCUAUAUACAGGAAGUUGAAAAUAACGUGGCUAUAUACAGGAAGUAGAAAAUAACAUGGCUAUAUACAGGAAGUAGAAAAUAACAUGACUAUAUACAGGAAGUAGAAAAUAACAUGGCUAUAUACAGGAAGUAGAAAUAACGUGGCUAUAUACAGGAAGUAGAAAAUAACAUGGCUAUAUACAGGAAGUAGGAAAUAACAUGGCUAUAUACAGGAAGUAGAAAAUAACAUGGCUAUAUACAGGAAGUAGAAAAUAACAUGGCUAUAUACAGGAAGUAGAAAUAACGUGGCUAUAUACAGGAAGUUGAAAAUAACGUGGCUAUAUACAGGAAGUAGAAAAUAACAUGGCUAUAUACAGGAAGUAGAAAAUAACAUGGCUAUAUACAGGAAGUAGAAUAUAACAUGGCUAUAUACAGGAAGUAGAAAAUAACAUGGCUAUAUACAGGAAGUAGAAAAUAACAUGGCUAUAUACAGGAAGUAGAAAAUAACAUGGCUAUAUACAGGAAGUACCAGUACCGAGUCCAUGUGCAGGUGCACAAGGUAAUUGAGGUAGCUAUGUAUAUAUACUGUAGGUAGGGGUAAAGUGACUAGGCAACAGGAUAGAUAAUAGACAGUAGCAGCAGUAUACUGUAGGUAGGGGUAAAGUGACUAGACAACAGGAUAGAUAAUAGACAGUAGCAGCAGUAUACUGUAGGUAGGGGUAAAGUGACUAGACAACAGGAUAGAUAAUAGACAGUAGCAGCAGUAUACUGUAGGUAGGGGUAAUGUGAAAAUGAUGCAUGUAUGCGUCAGUAUGCAUGUAUGCGCAUGUUAUGUGUGUGUGAGCGUAUGUAGUGUGUGUAUUGGGGCGUAUGUAGUGUGUAUUGGGGCGUAUGCAGUGUGUGUAUUGGGGCGUAUGCAGUGUUUUUAUUGGGGCGUAUGCAUUGUGUGUAUUGGGGCGUAUGCAGUGUGUGUAUUGGGGCGUAUGCAGUGUGUGUAUUGGGACGUAUGCAGUGUGUGUAUUGGGGCGUAUGCAGUGUGUGUAUUGGGGCGUAUGCAGUGUGUGUAUUGGGGCGUAUGCAGUGUGUGUAUUGGGGCGUAUGCUGUGUGUGUAUUGGGGUGUGUGUAUUGGGCGUGUGUAUUGGGGCGUAUGCAGUGUGUGUAUUGGGUCAUAUGUAGUGUGUGUGUUGGGGCGUAUAUAUUGUGUGUAUUGGGGCAUAUGCAGUGUGUGUAUUGGGGCGUAUGCAGUGUGUGUAUUGGGGCGUAUGCAGUGUGUGUAUUGGGGUGUAUACAGUGUGUGUAUUGGGGCGUAUGCAGUGUGUGUAUUGGGGUGUAUGCAGUGUGUGUAUUGGGGCGUAUGCAGUGUGUGUGUUGGGGCGUAUGCAGUGUGUGUAUUGGGGCGUAUGCAGUGUGUGUAUUGGGGCGUAUGCAGUGUAUGUAUUGGGGCGUGUGUAUUGGGGCGUAUGCAGUGUGUGUAUUGGGGCGUAUGCAGUGUGUGUAUUGGGGCAUAUGCAGUGUGUGUGUUGGGGCGUAUAUAGUGUGUGUAUUGGGGCGUAUGCAGUGUGUGUAUUGGGGCGUAUGCAGUGUGUGUAUUGGGACGUAUGCAGUGUGUGUAUUGGGGCGUAUGUAGUGUGUGUAUUGGGGCGUAUGCAGUGUGUGUAUUGGGGCGUAUGCAGUGUGUGUAUUGGGGCGUAUGCAGUGUGUGUAUUGGGGCGUAUGCAGUGUGUGUAUUGGGGCGUCAGUGUAGUGUGUCUCUUGAAGACGGAAGGGACAUGGCCAGCGGUCAAGGAUGAGUUGAUGAGCAAGGUGAGGGAAGGGAGAAGGUCUCCGGAAAUGGUCUGGAGAAGAGAGGAGGGGAUAGGGUCAAGCAGGCAGGUUGUUGGGCGGUCGGCCGUCACAAGUCGCAAGAUUUCAUCUGGAGAGAGAGGGGAGAAAGAAGUCAAAGCAUAGGGUAGGGCAGUGUGAGCAGGACCAGUGGUGUCAUUUGACUUAAUAAAUAAGGAUCGGAUGUCGUCAACCUUCUUUUCAAAAUGGUUGACCAAGUCAUCCACAGAGAGGGAGGAGGGAGGGGGGGGAGGAUUCAGCAGGAAGGAGAAGGUGGCAAAGAUCUUCCUAGGUUUAGAGGCAGAGGCUUGAAAUUUAGAGUGGUAGAAAGUGGCUUUAGCAGCAGAAACAGAGGAAGAAAAUGUAGAGAGGAGGGAGUGAAAAGAUGAUUGGUCGGCAGGGAGUUUAGUUUUCUUCCAUUUCCGCUCGGCUGCCCGGAGCCCUGUUCUGUGAGCUCGCAAUAAGUCGUCAAGCCACGGAGCAGGAGUGGAGGACCGAGCCGGCCGGGAGGAUAGGGGACAUAGAGAGUCAAAGGAUGCAGAAAGAGAGGAGAGGAGGGUUGAGGAGGCAGAAUCAGGAGAUUGGAGGGAGAAGGAUUUAGCAGAGGGAAGAGAUGAUAGGAUGGAAGAGGAGAGAGUAGCGGGAGAGAGAGAACGAAUGUUGCGACGGCGCAUUACCUUCUGAGUAGGGGCAGAGUGAGUAGUGUUGGAGGAGAGCGAGAGAGAAAAGGAUACAAAGUAGUGGUCGGAGACUUGGAGGGGAGUUGCAGUGAGAUUAGUAGAAGAACAGCAUCUAGUAAAGAUGAGGUCAAGCGUAUUGCCUGCCUUGUGAGUAGGGGGGGACGGUGAGAGGGUGAGGUCAAAAGAGGAGAGGAGUGGAAAGGAGGCAGAGAGAAAUGAGUCAAAGGUAGACGUAGGGAGGUUAAAGUCACCCAGAACUGUGAGGGGUGAGCCAUCCUCAGGAAAGGAACUUAUCAAGGCGUCAAGCUCAUUGAUGAACUCUCCAAGGGAACCUGGAGGGCGAUAAAUGACAAGGAUAUUAAGCUUAAAUGGGCUAGUGACUGUGACAGCAUAGAAUUCAAAUGAGGAGAUGGACAGAUGGGUCAGGGGAGAAAGAGAGAAUGUCCAUUUGGGAGAGAUGAGGAUUCCUGUGCCACCGCCGCGCUGACCAGAUGCUCUUGGGGUAUGCGAGAACACAUGAUCAGACGAGGAGAGAGCAGCAGGAGUAGCAAUGUUUUCAGUGGUAAUCCAUGUUUCUGUCAGCGCCAAGAAAUCGAGGGACUGGAGGGUAGCAUAGGCUGAGAUGAACUCUGCCUUGUUGGCAGCAGAACGGCAGUUCCAGAGGCUGCCGGAGACCUGGAACUCCAUGUGGGUCGUGCGUGCAGGGACCACCAGGUUAGAGAGGCAGCAGCCACGCGGUGUGAGGCGUUUUUAUAGCCUGUGCGGAGAGGAGAGAACAGGGAUAGGCAGAGGCAUAGUUGACAGGCUACAGAAAAGGCUACAAUAAUGCAAAGGAGAUCGGAAUGAAAUUAACUAAACAUCUGGGGAAACGAGGCCUCCCUCACUAACCUUUCACUGAAACACUCAAAUACAACUCUUCCAACUUCCACUUUAGAAAUUAUAAUUGCUGUAAUCUACAGUAGUUCAAUGUUUUCUAGGAAUAGACUAACUUAGUUUAUUCAGCUAGCUAACUUGGUACAGUAUUCUUCUGUGAAAACCGCCCAGGGCACCGUAUCCUAUGACGCCAUAGCUAACUAGCAUGCUAGCAUCCAAUAACACACGGUUUAGCGCCAAUACUUGGUUACAACAAACUACCAAUAGAUAAUUCAUGUCCGUGUCUAGUUCCUUUCAUAACGCAGAAGUAAUUAAACGUUGGCUAGCUAGCACAAAGUCAGUCAUGCUAGCUACACAAGUGUACUACACAUCUCGAAUGUUCAGAAAGUGAAGCUUACGUUGCAAAAUUCUCAUUGACUAAAAUGAUACAGUACUGCUAGCUGGUAAUGUUGGCUAGCUAGCAGUGGCUGCGGUGUUGACUGUUUGAAAAUGUAGCUGGCUAGCUAACCUCGAUAGUUUCUCUAUACUACACCUUUGUCUUUGAUACCAAGACAACUAUGUAGCUAGCUAACUUUACGCUAAUCAAAUCGUUCCGUUGAAAUGUAUUUAGUUGCUACAGUACUGCUAGCUGGUAUAGUUGGCCAGCUAGCAGUGGCUGCGGUGUUGCUACCCGCUAGCUAGCUAGCUUUAAUGGUCCAGGUAGUGGGUUAGCGAGCUAGCCUCGUGCUUCACCGGGCUCAGUCGAAUACCCUACAAUACUUACCUACAAUAACUACCUGGAUAAACUACCUACAAUGCCUAACUACAAUACGUACCUACAAUCUAAAUGCAUGGUUUAAGCUUUACUCCACACAUAUAAAGAAGAAGCCAACCUCACCCCAUCGCUCCUUAUUACAUUUACAUUUUAGUCAUUUAGCAGACGCUCUUAUCCAGAGCGACUUACAGUUAGUGAGUGCAUACAUUAUUAAUUUUUUAUUUUUCAUACUGGCCCCCCGUGGGAAUCGAACCCACAACCCAUGCUCUACCAACUGAGCUACAUCCCUGCCGGCCAUUCCCUCCCCUACCCUGGACGACGCUGGGCCAAUUGUGCGCCGCCCCAUGGUUCUCCCGGUCGCGGCCGGCUACGACAGAGCCUGGAUUCGAACCAGGAUCUCUAGUGGCACAGCUAGCACUGCGAUGCAGUGCCUUAGACCACUGCACCACUCGGGAGUGGCUUGGGGGUAGGGCUGUCCUCGACAAAAACAAAUCUUGGUCGACCGAAAGUAGUCUUGGUCGACAUUUUUAAACAUGUAUUUUUUCAUAUAUAGACACACCCUAUGUGUUUUAACAAAAUCAACUACAGUGCGUUCGGAAAGUAUUCAGACCCCUUGACUUUUUCCACAUUUUGUUACAUUACAGCCUUAUUCUAAAAUGGAUAAAACUAAGAGCAUUUGGUACAAAUCAUUCCCUAAGAUCUAGACCUCAGCUGAAUCUGGUAAUGAAUGGUGUGUCUGUUGAACAAGUUGAGGAGACUAAAUUACUUGGCGUUACCUUAGAUUGUAAACUGUCACGGUCAAAACAUAUAGAUUCAAUGGUUGUAAAGAUGGGGAGAGGUCUGUCCGUAAUAAAGAGAUGCUCUGCUUUUUUGACACCGCACUCCACAAAGCAAGUCCUGCAGGCUCUAGUUUUGCCUUAUCUUGAUUAUUGUCCAGUGAUGUGGUCGAGUGCAACAAGGAAAGACCUAGUUAAGCUGCAGUUGGCCCAGAAAAGAGCAGCACGUCUUGCUCUUCAUUGUAAUCAGAGGGCUAAUAUUAAUACUAUGCAUGCCAGUCUCUCUUGGCUAUGAGUUGAUGAGAGACUUACUGCAUCACUUCUUUGUAUCAGAAACAUGAAUGUGUUGAAAAUCCCAAAUUGUUUGCAUAGUGAACUUACAUACAGCUCUGACAUACACACUUACCUCACCAGACAUGCCACCAGGGGUCUUUUCACAGUCCCCAAAUCCAGAACAAAUUCAAUAAAAUUUACAUUAUUAUAUAGAGGCAAUAUUGCUUUGAACUCCCUUCCAUCUCAUAUUGCUCAAAAGAACAGCAAACCUGGUUUCAAUAAACAGAUAAAGCAACAUCUCACGGCACAACGCCUCUCCCCUAUUUGAACUAGAUAUUUUAUAUGUAUGUAUUGAUAUGUAGGCUACGUGUGCCGUUUUUAAAUUGAUGUAGUUCUGUCCUUUAGCUGUUCUUGUCUAUUAAUGUUCUGUAUUAUGUCAUGUUUCAUGUUUUGUGUGGACCCCAGGAAGAGUAGCUGCUGCUUUCACAACAGCUAAUGGGGAUCCUAAUAAAAUACCCCCAAAACAUAAUGAUGACAUAACGAUCAUUGAUAUUUUAACGAUUACACAAUUAUCAUUAAUAAUGAUUGUUAUUUCCAUCUCUUUGCUUCAGGAUAACCUACACAGAAGCCAUAAACAUCCUAAACAGCAGCUCCAAGACAUUUGCUUUCAAAACAGAUGUAAGUAGAGCUAUAUUCUCUUUCUGAAAGAGAUAGCUGUAGCCUGUUUCAAAACAGAUGUCAGUAGAGUAGAGCUAUAUUCUCUUUCAGAAAGAGAUAGCUGUAGCCUGUUUCAAAACAGAUGUAAGUAGAGCUCUAUUCUCUUUCAGAAAGAGAUAGCUGUAGCCUGUUUCAAAACAGAUGUCAGUAGAGUAGAGCUCUAUUCUCUUUCAGAAAGAGAUAGCUGUAGCCUGUUUCAAAACAGAUGUCAGUAGAGUAGAGCUCUAUUCUCUUUCUGAAAGAGAUAGCUGUAGCCUGUUUCAAAACAGAUGUCAGUAGAGUAGAGCUCUAUUCUCUUUCAGAAAGAGAUAGCUGUAGCCUGUUUCAAAACAGAUGUAAGUAGAGAGCUCUAUUCUCUUUCAGAAAGAGAUAGCUGUAGCCUGUUUCAAAACAGAUGUCAGUAAGUAGAGCUCUAUUCUCUUUCAGAAAGAGAUAGCUGUAGCCUGUUUCAAAACAGAUGUCAGUAGAGUAGAGCUCUAUUCUCUUUCAGAAAGAGAUAGCUGUAGCCUGUUUCAAAACAGAUGUAAGUAGAGUAGAGCUCUAUUCUCUUUCAGAAAGAGAUAGCUGUAGCCUGUUUCAAAACAGAUGUCAGUAGAGUAGAGCUCUAUUCUCUUUCAGAAAGAGAUAGCUGUAGCCUGUUUCAAAACAGAUGUAAGUAGAGUAGAGCUCUAUUCUCUUUCAGAAAGAGAUAGCUGUAGCCUGUUUCAAAACAGAUGUAAGUAGAGCUCUAUUCUCUUUCAGAAAGAGAUAGCUGUAGCCUGUUUCAAAACAGAUGUCAGUAGAGUAGAGCUCUAUUCUCUUUCAGAAAGAGAUAGCUGUAGCCUGUUUCAAACAGAUGUCAGUAGAGUAGAGCUCUAUUCUCUUUCAGAAAGAGAUAGAUGUAGCCUGUUUCAAAACAGAUGUCAGUAGAGUAGAGCUCUAUUCUCUUUCAGAAAGAGAUAGCUGUAGCCUGUUUCAAAACAGAUGUCAGUAGAGUAGAGCUCUAUUCUCUUUCAGAAAGAGAUAGCUGUAGCCUGUUUCAAAACAGAUGUCAGUAGAGUAGAGCUCUAUUCUCUUUCAGUAAGAGAUAACUGUAGCCUGUUUCAAAACAGAUGUCAGUAGAGUAGAGCUCUAUUCUCUUUCAGAAAGAGAUAGCUGUAGCCUGUUUCAAAACAGAUGUCAGUAGAGUAGAGCUCUAUUCUCUUUCUGAAAGAGAUAGCUGUAGCCUGUUUCAAAACAGAUGUCAGUAGAGUAGAGCUCUAUUCUCUUUCAGAAAGAGAUAGCUGUAGCCUGUUUCAAAACAGAUGUCAGUAGAGUAGAGCUCUGUUCUCUUUCAGAAAGAGAUAGCUGUAGCCUGUUUCAAAACAGAUGUCAGUAGAGUAGAGCUCUAUUCUCUUUCAGAAAGAGAUAGCUGUAGCCUGUUUCAAAACAGAUGUCAGUAGAGUAGAGCUCUAUUCUCUUUCUGAAAGAGAUAGCUGUAGCCUGUUUCAAAACAGAUGUCAGUAGAGUAGAGCUCUAUUCUCUUUCAGUAAGAGAUAGCUGUAGCCUGUUUCAAAACAGAUGUAAGUAGAGCUCUAUUCUCUUUCAGAAAGAGAUAGCUGUAGCCUGUUUCAAAACAGAUGUCAGUAGAGUAGAGCUCUAUUCUCUUUCAGAAAGAGAUAGCUGUAGCCUGUUUCAAAAACAGAUGUAAGUAGAGCUCUAUUCUCUUUCAGAAAGAGAUAGCUGUAGCCUGUUUCAAAAACAGAUGUCAGUAGAGUAGAGCUCUAUUCUCUUUCAGAAAGAGAUAGCUGUAGCCUGUUUCAAAACAGAUGUCAGUAGAGUAGAGCUCUAUUCUCUUUCAGAAAGAGAUAGAUGUAGCCUGUUUUCAAAACAGAUGUCAGUAGAGUAGAGCUCUAUUCUCUUUCAGAAAGAGAUAGCUGUAGCCUGUUUCAAAACAGAUGUAAGUAGAGUAGAGCUCUAUUCUCUUUCAGAAAGAGAUAGCUGUAGCCUGUUUCAAAACAGAUGUCAGUAGAGUAGAGCUCUAUUCUCUUUCAGAAAGAGAUAGCUGUAGCCUGUUUCAAAACAGAUGUCAGUAGAGUAGAGCUCUAUUCUCUUUCAGAAAGAGAUAGCUGUAGCCUGUUUCAAAACAGAUGUCAGUAGAGUAGAGCUCUAUUCUCUUUCAGAAAGAGAUAGCUGUAGCCUGUUUCAAAACAGAUGUAAGUAGAGUAGAGCUCUAUUCUCUUUCAGAAAGAGAUAGCUGUAGCCUGUUUCAAAACAGAUGUAAGUAGAGUAGAGCUCUAUUCUCUUUCAGAAAGAGAUAGCUGUAGCCUGUUUCAAAACAGAUGUCAGUAGAGUAGAGCUCUAUUCUCUUUCAGAAAGAGAUAGCUGUAGCCUGUUUCAAAACAGAUGUCAGUAGAGUAGAGCUCUAUUCUAGAAUGUUGCACCCUGUGUAUUAUGUACUAUGUCAAGCUGAUUCUAUUUUCACACUUUAGAUUCUACAGUUUUAGGCAAGGUGUGAGGUCAAACCUUUCUCACUCCUUUUUCUGCAUCUUACUCUCCCCCUCACUCUCACCUACGUACCCCCUUCACUCACUCUACCCCAACCCUUCUCCCCCUCACUCUCACCCCACCUUCUCCCCCCACUCUCUAACCCCACUUCUCCCCCUCACUCUCUACCCCCACCUCUCUCUCCCCCUCAUCUCUACCCACCUCUUCUCCCCCUCACUCUCUACCCCACCUCCUCUCCCCCUCACUCUACCUCCCCCCCCUCUCUCCCCCUCACUCUCUCUCCCUCACCUCUACCCCCACUCUCUCUCCCCCUCACCUACCCUCACUCACCCCACCUUCUCUCCCCCUCACUCUCUUCCCCACCUUUCUCCCCCUCACUCUCUACCCCACCUUUCUACCCCUCACUCUCUACCCCACCUCUCUCUCCCCCUCACUCUCUACCCCACCUUUCUACCCCUCACUCUCUACCCCACCUUUCUCCCCCUCACUCUCUACCCCACCUCUCUCUCCCCCUCUCUCUACCCCACCUCUCUCUCCCCCUCACUCUCUACCCCCAACCUUUCUCCCCCCUCACUCUCUACCCCUCACUCUCUACCCCCACCUUUCUCCCCCUCACUCUCUACCCACCUUUCUACCCCCCUUUCUACCCCUCACUCUCUACCCCACCUUUCUCCCCCUCACUCUCUACCCCUCACUCUCUACCCCACCUCUCUCUCCCCCUCACUCUCUACCCCCACCUUUCUACCCCUCACUCUUUACCCCACCUUUUCUCCCCCUCACUCUCUACCCCUCACUCUCUACCCCACCUCUCUCUCUCCCCCCCUCACUCUCUACCCCCACCUUUCUACCCCUCACUCUCUACCCCACCUCUCGCCCCCCUCACUCUCUACCCCUCACUCUCUACCCCACCUCUCUACCCCACCUCUCUCACUCUCUACCCCACCUCUCUCCCCCCCCUCACUCUCUACCCCACCUUUCUUCCCACCCUCUUCUACUCUGUCUUCCUCUUCCUCUCUCCUCCCUUCCUCCUCCCUCUCUACCAGUGGGGCUGUGACCUGCAGACAGAGCAUGAGAAGUACCUGGUGAAACAUUGUGGCGAUCUUCCUCUCUUCGUCACUGAUUACCCCUAUGCCCUGAAGCCCUUCUAUGCACGAGACAACCUGGACCAACCUCUACACACGGUAAGAUCACGUCCGGAUCAGUCUAGUUUCAACAACACAUCAGGUUGUUAUUCUAAAAGAGAAUGCGUUCUUAAUAAGUUACCCGGUUAAAUAAAGGCCAAGCAAAACUCCGCUCCAUAGUUAAAACAGUUCAAUGUUUCACCUAUUGAAGUUGUACUGUUCCGGGCAUGUUCCCGUCAUGUCAGUUGAACCAUCUGUCGUUUUUUUAAAGGUGCUUUCUUCAACACUUGCAGCCCAGCCAUCUCCUUAUGGUUUAGUCUAAAAGCUGAAGGCCUUUUAGUCACCCAGUGGUGUGUGUGUGUGUGUGUGUAUGUGUGUAUAUGUAUGCGUGUGUGUAUAUGUAUGCGUGUGUGUGUGUGUAUAUGUAUGCGUGUGUGUGUGUGUGUGUGUAUAUGUAUGUGUGUGUAUAUGUAUGCGUGUGUGUGUGUAUAUGUAUGCAUGUGUGUAUAUGUAUGCGUGUGUGUGUGUGUGUGUGUGUGUGUGUGUAUAUGUAUGCAUGUGUGUAUAUGUAUGCGUGUGUGUGAGAGUAUAUGUGUGUGUGUGUGUAUGCAUGUGUGUAUAUGUAUGCGUGUGUAUAUGUAUGUGUGUGUGUGUAUAUGUAUGCGUGAGAGUAUAUGUGUGUGUGUGUGUGUGUAUGUACACUACCGUUCAAAAGUUUGGGGUCACUUAGAAAUGUCCUUGUUUUCAAAAGAAAAGCAAUUUAAAAUAACAUCAAAUUGAUCAGAAAUACAGUGUAGACAUUGUUAAUGUUGUAAAUGGCUGGUAGCUGGAAACGGCUGAUUUUUAAUGGAAUAUCUACAUAGGCGUACAGAGGCCCAUUAUCAGCAACCAUCAGUCCUGUGUUCCAAUGGCACGUUGUGUUUGCUAAUCCAAGUUUAUCAUUUUAAAAGGCUAAUUGAUCAUUAGAAAACCCUUUUGCAAUUAUGUUAGCACAGCUGAAAACUGUUGUGCUGAUUAAAGAAGCAAUAAAACUGGCCUUCUUGAGACUAGUUGAGUAUCUGGAGCAUCAGCAAUUGUGGGUUCGAUUACAGGCUCAAAAUGUCCAGAAACAAAUAACUUUCUUCUGAAACUCGUCAGUCUAUUCUUGUUCUGAGAAAUGAAGGCUAUUACAUGUGAGAAAUUGCCAAGAAACUGAAGAUCUCGUACAACGCUGUGUACUACUUCCAUCACAGAACAGAACAAACUGUCUCUAACCAGAAUAGAAAGAGGAAUGGGAGGCCCCGGUGCACAACUGAGCAAGAGGACAAAUACAUCAGUGUCUAGUUUGAGAAACAGACGCCUCACAGGUCCUCAACUGCCAGCUUCAUUAAAUAGUACCCGCAAAACACCAGUCUCAACAUCAACAGUGAAGAGGCGAUUCUGGGAUGCUGACCUUCUAGGCAUAUCUCAGAUUGGCCAAUAAAAAUAAAAGAUUAAGAUGGGCAGUCUGAGAUAUGGCUUUUUCUUUGCAACUCUGCCUACACCACCCAGUAUCCCAUAAUACAUAUCAAAUCAAAAUUGUAUUUGCCACAUGCGCCAAAUACAACAGGUGUAGACAUUACAGUGAAAUGCUUACUUAUUAAUUCCACAAAUUAACUUUUAAGAAGGCACACCUGUUAAUUGAAAUGCAUUCCAGGUGACUACCUCAUGAAACUGGUUGAGAGAAUGCCAAGAGUGUGCAAAGCUGUCAUCAAGGCAAAGGGUGGCUACUUUGAAGAAUCUCAAAUAUAACAUAUAUUUUGAUUUGUUUAACACUUUUUUUGGUUACUACAUUAUUCCAUAUGUGUUAUUUCAUAGUUUUGAUGUCUUCACUAUUAUUCUACUUGAAUUAGUAGGUGUUCUAAAACUGUUGACAGGGUGUGUGUGUGUGUGUGUGUGUGUGUGUGUGUGUGUGUGUGUGUGUGUGUGUGUGUGUGUGUGUGUGUGUGUGUGUGUGUGUGUGUGUGUGUGCCUCCCUCCCUCCCUCCCUCCCCAGGCAGCAGCAGUAGACCUAUUGGUUCCGGGAGUAGGAGAGAUGUGUGGAGGCUCUCUGAGAGAGGAGAGACUGGACCUGCUGAAGGCACGACUACGACAGUAAGAACACGUUAUCCCAUGAUAUUAACUAUUACCACUUUGAGAUAAAAGAAAACAUCCUUCCAAAUAAAAAAUAGAACAAUGCAUUUCAUGGCCAAUACAUAUAUACUGUAUAAGUACAUACAUAUAUUUGACAUACAACGGACAGAAAUGUGAAAAGCGUAAUAUUGAGUAAAUAUGUAUACUGUUGUCAUACCUGUGUAACAACACAGUCAUUAGUGUGUAAAAACAUGGAAUCAACAUAGUCAUUUGGUAAAUAACUUGUCUGUUAAAUACAUUAUGCAUCUUCUUUAGGGCUGGUUUGGAUGAGACAUACGGAUGGUAAGAGUAUUCUGUUCUACUCUACACUGUUCUAUUCUGUUCUACUCUACACUGUUCUAUUCUGUUCUAUAUCUACCACUGUUCUAUUCUUACUCUACACUGUUCUAUUCUGUUCUAUUCUACUCUACACUGUUCUAUUAUGUUCUACUCUACACUGUUCUAUUCUAUUCUACUCUACACUGUUCUAUUCUGUUCUAUUCUACUCUACACUGUUCUAUUCUGUUCUAUUCUACUCUACACUGUUAUAUUCUAUUCAUCUACACUGUUCAUUGUUUAUUCUACUCUACACUGUUCUAUUUGUUCUAUUUCUACACUGUUCUAUUCUACUACUCUACAUGUCUUUCUACUCUACACUGUUCUAUUCUGUUCUAUUCUACACUGUUCUAUUCUGUUCUAUUCUACUCUACACUGUUCUAUUCUGUUCUAUUCUACUCUACACUGUUCUAUUCUGUUCUAUUCUACACUGUUCUAUUCUGUUCUAUUCUACUCUACACUGUUCUAUUCUGUUAUAUUCUACACUGUUCUAUUCUGUUCUAUUCUACUCUACACUGUUCUAUUCUGUUCUAUUCUACUCAUGUUCAUCUGUUUUCUACUCUACACUGUUCUAUUCUGUUAUAUUCUACUCUACACUGUUCUAUUCUGUUAUAUUCUACUCUACACUGUUCUAUUCUACUCUACACUGUUCUAUUCUGUUCUAUUCUACUCUACACUGUUCUAUUCUGUUCUAUUCUACUCUACACUGUUCUAUUCUGUUCUAUUCUACACUGUUCUAUUCUGUUCUAUUCACUACUGUUUCUAUUUCUAUCAUCUACAUGUUCUAUCUUAUCUAACUGUUCUAUUCUGUUUAUUCUACUCUACACUGUUCUAUUCUGUUAUAUCUACCUGUUUCUGUUUUCUACUCUACACUGUUCUAUCUGUUAUAUCUACACUGUUCUAUUCUGUUUCUAUUCUAUCUACACUGUUCUAUUUACUAGUUCUAUUUGUCUAUUCUACUCUACACUGUUCUAUUCUUUAUAUCUACUCUACACUGUUCUGUUAUAUUCUACUCUACACUGUUCUAUUAUACUCUACACUGUUCUAUUCUGUUCUAUUCUACUCUACACUGUUCUAUUCUGUUCUAUUCUACUCUACACUGUUCUAUUCUGUUAUAUUCUACUCUACUGUUCUAUUCUACUCUACACUGUUCUAUUCUGUUCUAUUCUACUCUACACUGUUCUAUUCUGUUAUAUUCUACUCUACACUGUUCUAUUCUACUCUACUGUUCUAUUGUUCUACUAUCUACACUGUUCUAUUCUGUUAUUAUUUUACUAUCUACACUGUUCUAUUUCUAUUUAUUCUACUCUAUACUACACUGUUCUAUUCUGUUUAUCUAUCUACAUGUUCUAUUCUUCUAUUCUACUACUGUUCUAUUGUAUCUACUUCCUUUAUCUACUCUUACACUGUUCUAUUCUGUUCUAUUCUACCUACACUGUUAUCUGUUUUCUAUCUACUUAAUCUACAACUGUUCUAUUCUGUUCUACUUCUAUCAGUCUAUACACCAUGUUCUAUUCUGUUCUAUUCUACUCUACACUGUUUUCUGUUCUAUUCUACUCUACACUGUUCUAUUCUGUUCUAUUCUACUCUACACUGUUCUAUUCUGUUAUAUUCUACUCUACACUGUUCUAUUACUCGUUCUAUUCUAUUUACACUGUCUUUCAUUUAUCUACCUGUUCUAUUCUGUUAUAUUCUACUCUACACUGUUCUAUUCUGUUCUAUUCUACUCUACACUGUUCUAUUCUGUUAUAUUCUACUCUACACUGUUCUAUUCUGUUCUAUUCUACUCUACACUGUUCUAUUCUGUUAUAUUCUACUCUACACUGUUCUAUUCUGUUCUUUACUUACUGUUCAUCUAUAUUCACUCUACUGUUCUAUUCUGUUCUAUUCUACUCUACACUGUUCUAUUCUAUUCUACUCUACACUGUUCUAUUCUGUUCUAUUCUACUCUACACUGUUCUAUUCUAUUAUAUUCUACUCUACACUGUUCUAUUCUGUUAUUACUCUAUACUUCUAUUCUUAUUCUACUUACCUGUUGUUCUAUUCUACUCUACACUGUUCUAUUCUUUCUGUAUAAUUUCUAUUUAUCUACUCUACACUGUUAUUCUGUUAUUCUACUCUACACUGUUCUAUUCUGUUCUAUUCUACUCUACACUGUUUUCUAUUAUAUCUACUACAUUUAUCUACUCACAUGUUCUAUUUUAUUCUACUCUACACUGUUCUAUUAUUCUACUCUACACUGUUCUAUUCUGUUAUAUUCUACUCUACACUGUUCUAUUCUGUUAUAUUCUACUCUACACUGUUCUAUUCUGUUCUAUUCUACUCUACACUGUUCUAUUCUGUUAUCACUAAGUUCUACUUAUCUUUACUCUAUUUCUCUGUUCUAUUCUACACUGUUCUGUUCUAUUCUACUCUACACUACACUGUUCUAUUCUGUUCUAUUCUACUCUACACUGUUCUAUAUAUUCUAUUCUACUCUACACUGUUCUAUUCUACUCUACACUGUUCUAUUCUACUCUACACUGUUCUAUUCUGUUCUAUUCUACUCUACACUGUUCUGUUCUACUCUACACUGUUCUAUUCUAUUCUACUCUACAACUGUUCUAUUCUAUUCUACUCUACACUGUUCUAUUCUACUCUACUCUACACUGUUCUAUUCUGUUAUAUUCUACUCUACACUGUUCUAUUCUGUUCUAUUCUACUCUACACUGUUCUAUUCUGUUCUAUUCUACUCUACACUGUUCUAUUCUGUUCUGUUAUAUUCUACUCUAAUCUACUAUAUUCUGUCUCUCCAGGUAUUUGGAUCUGAGGCGUUUUGGCUCUGUCCCUCACGGUGGGUUUGGGAUGGGCUUUGAGCGCUACCUGCAGUGUGUUUUGGGGGUUGACAACAUCAAAGACGUUAUUCCAUUCCCCAGAUACUCCCGCUCCUGCCUUCUGUAAACCAUACACUGAGUAUACCAAACAUUAAGAACACCUUCCUAAUAUUGAGUUGCAUCCUUUUUUGCCCUCACAACAGCCUCAAUUCGUCGGGGCAUGGACUCUACAAGGUGUCGAAAGCGUUCCACAGGGAUGCUGGCCCAUGUUGACUCCAAUGCUUCCCACAGUUGUGUCAAGUUGGCUGGAUGUCCUUUGGAUAGUGGCCCAUUCUUGAUACACACAGGAAACUGUUGAGUGUGAAAAACCCAGUAGCGUUGCAGUUCUUUUCACAAACCGGUGAGCCUGGCACCUACUACCAUACCCCGUUCAAAGGCACUUUAAUAUUUUGUCUUGCCCAUUCACCCUCUGAAUGGCACACAUACACAAUCCAUGUCUCAAUUGUCUCAAGGCUUAAAAAUCCUUCUUUAACCUGCCUCCUCCCCUUCAUCUACACUGAUUGAAGUGGAUUUAACAAGUGACAUCAAUAAGGGAUCAUAGCUUUCACCUGGAUUCACCUGGUCAGUCUAUGCCAUGGAAAGAGCAGGUGUUCAUAAUGUUUUGUACACUCAGGGUAUAUAGCACUAUGGUCAGAUGAUUCGUUUGUGAAGAUGUCAAUGUUUUUUUAUUUAUAAAAAGUCUAAAUGA